AUGAAGAUGGAAAUUCCAGCAAUUCUAAAAGAGCUAAAAAACGAGCAUUUUUUGAAAGAAAUAUCCAAAUAUCAAGAAGACCUCGGCAAUCUUAUACUUGAGUCCUUUCAAAAAGGGCUUUUGCGUGGAAUUAAACAGAAGUCAAGAAUCCCUGAAUUGGCUCAUAAUGAGUACAUCAACAGGAUAAAUAACUUCUUUCCAAAAACGCAAGAUAAACUGGAUUUUUAUUGACUGCUCGCAGCUCACGCUGGUGAUUUAAAGUGCAAAAUUAAUAUUCCAACAACUCUCCUAAAAAUAAAUGACUUAGAUAUGAAACCAUAUUUAAUUUAUACAGAUGAUCGUGGAUUUGUGUGCUCAAAGAAAUCUGAUGAUCAAGAAUUUUUUGGCAUUUUUGAAGGGAUAAAUGAAAAUUUCCCUGUUUUCUGCUUAAAGCAAAAGAAUCAAUGCACUAAAGCUUUAUUUUCUCUCGGGGAUGCAAUUUCAGCCUGAGAAAAAGCAGAAUAUGGCUCUUUUAUUCAAUAUUUUAUAAAAAAUCAAUCAAAUCCGGCUACAAUUUUGAGAUUAUUGUGGAGAAAAAAUAUGAAAAGCAAAUAUUUUAUUAUUAAUAAUAAAAAUAAAUACCAGGUAAAAAAUCGAAAUUUACCAAAAAUCUCCCAAGAUUUCUUACAGCCAGAUUCUUCUGAAUAUGAAUUUAAAGAGCAAAGGAGCUAUUGCAGCUGGCAAGAAUUUUCAGAUAUAAGAAAUAAAUCUGAUACCCUUGAUGUUCCAUAUCACAAGAUAAAUCAAAGAUCAAGCCAGCUUCCAUCCAUUGGCACUAAGCCAAUAAAUAUUCCGAAAAUUAGGAAUUUCCGAUCACAUUCUUUAACUUGUCUUCCGCAUAAUAAAGACUUGAAAAUAAUAAAAUCAGAUGAAGAAACUGAUAUAUAGAAUUUGUCCGAUGACGGCGCUCAAUGCACCAUCAUCGGGCAACGUCUUUUAAGGGUCCACAUGGGAAAUGGGUUCCACGUGUGGAGCACUUUUUAAACACGUAGAGAAUCAUCACUCCCACGAGUCAAAAAAGGUUCCACACGGCGUCUUCCUCUCGGCAUGGCCUCCCGGCCAUACAGCCUCGACUCAUAUUUAAUUAUAUCCAGCAAGGUUUAACAUUUCAGAGAUGGACAGCAAUGCUAGGUAAGAAUUCUGGUGUGUUCAGAGCCUAGCCCAAGUCUAAUCUCAGGGGUGGAUUUUUCCUCGUGGGGAAGGAGGGCACUGCAUUGGAAAGGGGAAGCUCAGCAAAUUCCUUUGGACCAAUCGGGCAACUCCCUAGCGUGAAACUGGGCGUUACGUCCCAGGCUACGUCUUUUUCCUUUUUGCCGACAGCUGACCAGAAAAUCCAUUUUUUGGGUUUUCGUUAAAAGCAACCCAUGCCCAAGCAAGUAACUCAUCCAUGAGCCGUCGAAGCCGGAACACUCACCCAAGGUGCACCCAGGUGAUCGAAGCAGGUCGUCCUCAGAGACCUGUGGGCUCGAUGCGGCGAAAGGCGAGCGGCAGACCUGGGCGUUGUCUACACCGUAGUGGACGUUAAGCGUUAUAAAUUUUAAGUAAGUAAGUAAGGCUGCGAAUUGAGCGCCAUCAUCGAGCAAUCAGUAUAGAUAUUUUCAACAAUGAGCUAUUGGCGCAAACAAGCAUACUGUCCAAAGUAUUUAAAGAGGAGGAAACUAAGCAUUAUUUUGUAAUUACCAAGAAUCCUGAAAGCUGCUUUGCAACUGAAAGCUACAGAAGUAUCCCAGAAAUUGAAAAAAUUAUGAAUAAAAUCGUAAUUUUUUUAAAUACUUUUGUUUUUAAUAAUCAAAAUCAGCUUAAAGGAAUUGUGAUUGAUUUUAUGCAAGACUAUAAAAAGGAUUGGAUUAUAUUGGAUUACAGAGAGCAUUCAAUUGAAAUAAGUCCAAAUUUGUGCCCAGAUAGAAGGAAAGUUAAAAAGCAAAUGCUAGGAAUAAAAAAAUCACAAUCUUUCAGUACACUGCAGAUGCCAGACGAAGGACAUUUUGUUGGAGAAAGUGAACAUAAUUCAAACAUGAAUGAUGUCCAAACAAUGCAAUCCAAAAGAAGCUCAUCUUUGAAAAAGAAAAAUGGCAAGUCAUUAUUUAAUAUUAACCUAAGCGAAGACUUUCAAGAUUUAAAAUCAGUUAAAAAAUUCUCACUCCCCCCUUUAAAUUGGAACAAAAUAGGUAAAAAUUCUUUUUUUGGGUAAAUUAGUCUCCCUUUAAAUUCGAACAAAAUCCCAAUUUUAUAAUAUAAAAUUUUAUAUAUAAAAAUCAUAAUUUUUAUGUAAAAAGUGUUGAUAUAAGUUAAAUGUUUCCUCUUAACUAAAAUUAAAAAUUUAGUUAUUCUUGCUCUAGUUUAAAGAAGAGAGUAUAAAUGUAUCUUUUUUAAAUAAAAAUUUAUACUUAAUUGCUAUAUUUUUAAAAAAUUUAAAAUUUUUAUUUAAGUAAUUUUGAUAUAAAUUCAAUGCGAAUUCUUUACAAAAAUUUAAAUUUACUUAUUUUUGCUUUAUUUUAAAGAAUAAAAUAUAAAUAGCAACUUAUUUACCCAAAAUUAACACUUUGAUCGAUAAAUUUUUCUAAUUUUUUUUUGUUAUCAAUAAAAAUAAUAAUUUUUGUGUAAAUAGUUUCGAUAUCAAUUAAUAUUAUUAAUAAUGAAAAUUUAGUUAUAUCUUGCUUUUUUUUAAAGGAUAAAAAGUAAAUAACAUUUAUUUAAACAAAUUUAUUAAUCUAAUUCGAUAAAUUUUUGAAAUUUAUUUUUAUUCAAAAUUUUCUUAACCCUCUUAUUUGGAACAAAAAUUUUUUGUUCCAAUUUAAAGAGGGAAGAGUCAGAAGCCAUAAAAGUGAGCCAAUUUAUACGCAUCAAAAAAUUCAGCUUAAAAGAGAGUGGGUCCAUUAGCAAUAAAGCUUUUGGUAGCUCUCAAUUCAAUUCUCUUUUAAGAGCAAAUAAAAAUCCUAAUCAAGAAACAAGAAAUAAUAUUCUUUGGAAAGAACCCAGCUAUUCUCACGUUAGAAAACAUUUCGUAAAUAUAGUUAACAACUUCGACGAAAUGGUUACAUGCGCAAGGGUAUCGAAAUAUAGACAAGUAAAUUUGGUUGAAAAAUAUGGUGGAAUAGAUUUUUGGAACCAUUUUUUAUUGUCUUUAUAUCAAAAAGUUCUAGCAAAUGAAAUUCUUAAUAAGCAUUUUAAAGCUACAAGUUUGGAAAAUUUUGAAAAAAUUAUUAAAGGAAUGUUUAGAUUUUUUUCUGGGAAUGUAAAUCUCGAGUUUAGAAGGAAGAUUAGAGCAGUUCAUUUGAAUUUAAAACUUAAAAUUGCAGAAAGCGAGUUUAACCUUUUUGCUGAAAUUUUUAUUGGAAAUAUGAUGGAUUUUAAUGUGUCUGAAGAGGAUAGAGACUUGAUUAUAGUCCAAUUAAAAUCGAUGAAAGGGCUUAUUGCAAGAUAA